AUGUCUGCUUCUGCUCUCCUAAGGAGCCGCGUUCGACGCCCCUCCUACCUCAGCAAGCUGGCCAAGGCUGAGGACCUCGUGGAUCACUUCCCCCAUGGCUCGUACAUCGGCUGGUCCGGAUUUACGGGUGUGGGUUAUCCCAAGAAAGUUCCCACCGCGCUGGCCGAUCACGUCGAGAAGAACAAGCUGGAGGGACAGCUGAAGUAUACCCUGUUCGUCGGGGCUUCGUCGGGAGCGGAGACCGAGAACCGCUGGGCCCGGUUGAACAUGAUUGAGCGUCGCAGCCCGCAUCAGGUCGGCAAGGAGAUCGCCAAGGGUAUCAACUCGGGGCAGAUCAAGUUUUUCGAUAAGCAUCUGAGCAUGUUCCCGUCGGAUUUGGUCUACGGCUACUACACAUUAGAUAAACCGCGGAACAAGCUGGACGUGGCGGUCAUCGAAGCCUCGGCCAUCACGGAAGAUGGCGGCAUCAUCCCCGGUGCGUCGGUGGGCGCCUCGCCCGAGCUGGUGCAGAUGGCCGACAAGGUCAUCAUCGAAGUCAACACGGCCAGUCCCUCGUUCGAAGGUCUGCACGACAUCGCACUGUCGGACCUGCCGCCCAACCGCAAGCCGUACCUCAUCAUGGCGCCCGAGGACCGCAUCGGCACGCCGCACAUCCCCGUUGACCCCGAGAAGGUCGUGGCCAUCGUCGAGUCGGACUACCCGGAUCAGACGCAGCCCAACGCGCCGGAGGACGCCGGCUCGCAGGCCAUCGCCACCAACCUGAUUGAGUUCCUCAAGCACGAGGUCAACCACGGUCGCCUGCCCAAGAACCUGCUGCCCAUCCAAUCGGGCAUCGGCAACAUCGCCAACGCCGUCAUCGGCGGCCUCAGCAAGGGCGGCGCCGACUUCACCAACCUGAAGGUCUGGACCGAGGUGCUGCAGGACUCGUUCCUGGACCUGUUCGACAGCGGCAACCUCGACUUCGCCACGGCCACCUCCAUCCGCUUCUCGCCCGACGGCUUCAAGCGCUUCUACGACAACUGGGAGCGCUACGCCGGCAAGCUGCUGUUGCGCUCCCAGCAGGUCUCCAACUCCCCCGAGAUCAUCCGCCGCCUGGGCUGCAUCGGCAUGAACACCCCCGUCGAGGUCGACAUCUACGCCCACGCCAACUCCACCUGCGUCAUGGGCUCGCGCAUGCUGAACGGCCUGGGCGGGUCUGCCGACUUCCUGCGCAGCUCCAAGUACAGUAUCAUGCACACGCCCAGCACGCGACCCAGCAAGACCGAUCCCACCGGUGUCAGCUGCAUCGUGCCGUUCUGCACGCACAUUGACCAGACCGAGCACGACCUCGACGUGGUGGUUACAGAACAGGGUCUCGCCGACGUCCGCGGCCUCUCGCCCCGCGAGCGCGCCCGCGUCAUCAUCAACAAGUGCUCGCACCCCGACUACAAGCCCAUCCUGACGGACUACCUGGACCGGGCGGAAUUCGAGUGUCUGCGCAAGGGCAUGGGCCACGAGCCGCACCUGCUGUUCCAGGCGUUCAAGAUGCACCAGAGCCUGCAGGAGAACGGCACGAUGAAGAUCAACAGCUGGGAGUAG